AUGCAGUCUCACUCCCCGUCUCCACAACUCGGAGAACCUAGUCUAUCGAAAAUGAAUGCCGAUAACGGCGCAAAACUCGACAACACCGAUGCCAUGCAAAUGGAUUCCAGCGACACUCCCUGCUGUCAAGUAAAAGACGAAGAAAAGGAGGAACUCACAGAGACUAUGAACAAACUGCAUAUUGAAGGAUCGUCUUCUGGGAAUGAAUUGUCUAACAUCAGAAGAAAACCUGUCAUCAUUAUUGUUGUAGGAAUGGCAGGAAGUGGGAAAACGACCCUCAUGCAUAGGUUGGUUUGCCAUACACAUAUGAAAAACAUUCGAGGUUAUGUGAUGAAUCUUGACCCUGCGGUCAUGACACUCCCAUAUGCUGCGAACAUUGACAUACGAGAUACUGUUAAAUACAAAGAAGUUAUGAAGCAGUUUAACCUUGGUCCUAAUGGUGGAAUUUUGACUUCCCUGAACUUGUUUGCCACCAAGUUUGAUGAGGUAAUUUCUGUAAUUGAGAGACGAGCGGAUCAACUUGACUAUGUGCUUGUGGAUACUCCUGGUCAGAUUGAAAUAUUUACCUGGUCUGCUUCUGGUGCUAUCAUUACAGAAGCUUUUGCAUCCACAUUUCCCACUGUAGUGGCUUAUGUAGUAGAUACACCUCGUUCAGAAGAUCCUACCACUUUCAUGAGUAAUAUGUUGUACGCAUGCAGUAUCCUCUAUAAAACAAGGUUACCUCUCAUCUUGACAUUCAACAAGGUUGAUGUAGCAGCACAUCAGUUUGCAUUGGAGUGGAUGGAGGAUUUUGAGGCAUUCCAAGCAGCAGCAAGUUCAGAUCACUCAUACACAUCAACUUUAACUCAAAGCCUUUCUCUCGUGCUAGAUGAAUUCUACAACAAUUUGAAAUCAGUCGGAGUUUCUGCAGUUUCUGGUGCAGGAAUGGAAGCUUUCUUUAAGGCUGUUGAAGCCAGUGCAGAGGAAUACAUGGAAACCUACAAGGCUGAUCUUGAUAAAAGACGUGAAGAGAAGCAACGUUUGGAGGAAGAUCGCAGGAAGGACAACAUGGAUAAACUGAGGAGAGACAUGGAGAAAUCUGGAGGAGAAACUGUAGUCUUGACCACUGGUUUAAAGGACAAACCAAAAAGUGAAAGUAAAAGCAUGAUGGAUGAGGAAGACGAGGUUGAGGAGGACGAGGAAAUGGAUGAUGAUGAUGAUUUGGGGAUAUAUACUGAAGAUGAGAAUGCUAUAGAUGAGGACGAAGAUGAGGAGGUUGAUAGGUUCGGCCUCUGA